CUCAUCACCUCUCUGUAUUCGGCAAGACGUCACACACGCACACACAUAGAAGCGCGUCACACUUAGUAAGCGCGCGGUUUAGAGCGGGAGGCAACGGACAGACAGAAGAGGGAGGGGAUAAAGUCUUAUUGUUCUCAAGCAGCGUGCAUUGGAGGUGUGGCAUUUUCCGGGCGUUGUCGUGGAGACGGAGAACUGGCCAGGAGCCGUUGUCUCUGUUUCUCUAGACUGAUCACUGAGACGCUGAUCACGGGGAGGCUAAUCCUUAUGGCAAGAGCCACAGCCACAGGUGGUCAUGCUGUUCUCUUUGUUCUCCUGUGCUGUGGGGUUCUCCCUCCUGCCAUUCCUCCUGCUCCCACACCCUGCCAAGACCUGCCCCGCCCGCUGUGAGUGCUCUGUGCCCACGCGCUCCGUCUUGUGCCACCGUAAACGACUGACACAGGUGCCUGAGGGAAUCCCCAUAGAGACACGGGUGCUGGACCUGAGCAAGAACCGCCUGCGCACCAUUACGCCGCAGAACUUCUCUGCCCUGCUGCUGCUCGAGGAGCUGGACCUCAGCAACAACCUGCUCUCAUCGGUGGAGCCGGGCAGCUUCCGGGCGCAGCCACGGCUGCGCACACUGCGUCUCCGCAGUAACCAGCUCACCCUGCUGCCGCGCGGUGCGCUGGCCGGCCUGGGCGAGCUCACACUGCUGGACAUCAGCCAGAACCGACUGGUCAUCCUUUUGGACUACGGCUUUGAGGAACAGCGGCGGCUGCGUGUGCUGGAGCUCGGCGACAAUGAACUGGUGUUCAUCGCACCACGCGCCUUCAGUGGCCUGCCAGUGCUGCGCUCGCUCACAUUGCAGCGCUGCAACCUGAGUGCUGUGCCCGGGCAUGCCCUCACCCACCUGCAUGGCCUCACCAGCCUGCGCCUGCGUGAGCUGGACAUCGCCGACCUACUGCCUGGUGCUUUCAAAGGCCUGAACCGACUGCGCCACCUGGAGGUGGACCGCUGGCCAGCGCUGGAGGCUGUGCCUGCCCCAGCCCUGCAGGGCCUCAACCUUAGCACUCUGUUCGUCACUCACACCAACCUGUCGGUGGCACCGGCGCUCAGCCACCUGUCCUACCUGACGCACCUGAACCUGUCAUACAGCCGCCUGAGGGUGCUGUCAGCUGGCUGGCUGCGUGGCAUGGAGCGGCUGGAGGUGCUGCGCGUGCGACAGGCACAGCUGGUGCGUGUAGAGGCACAGGCCCUCCAGGGGGCAUCUUCGCUGCGCCUGCUCGACCUCUCGUCCAACCGGCUGGUCACGCUGGAGCGCACCGCCCUGCCUGCCUCAGUGCCUCUGCAGAACCUCUUGAUUGGCCAGAACCCGCUAGUGUGUGACUGCCGCCUGCGCUGGCUGUUGCAGAAGACACCACCACUGCUGUACGGGGAUGUGCUACCUCAGUGCAGCACCCCUGCCGCCCUUGCUGGGAAACCCUUCAGCGAUGUGGUGGAGCCGUUGCUGUCCCGCCAUGUGGUGUGUACCAAGCCCAGGGUCAUCUCCAUGUCGACGUACCCAGCGCAGGCAGAGGAGGGCCAGAGGGCAUGGCUGUACUGUACAGCAGAUGGUGCGCCAUCUCCCUCUGUUUCCUGGCUGACACCGCAUAGGCGCCACAUCACCACCAAGAGCACGGGCCGCAUGGUCGUCCACAGCAACGGCUCGCUGGAGUUCCGAAUGGCGGAGCCCCAGGACAGCGGCGUUUACGUGUGUGUUGCAUCCAACCCAGCUGGCAACGCCACCCUGUCGGUGACGCUGGCAGUCAAGAGCCUGGACGUGAGGGAUGGAGUGCUCUAUGCCAACCGCAGCUUUCUCUUCGACCCUGACUACAACAGCUCCAUGCUCAACGGCACCGAGCGUUACACCAUCCGGAUGGUGCUAGACUUCACCACCAUCUUGGUCUCCACAGCAAUGGGCUGCCUCAGCUUCCUGGGAGUGGUCCUCUUCUGCUUCCUGCUGCUGUUUGCCUGGAGUCGGGGAAAAGGCAAGCACAGGGGCAGUGUUGACAUCCAGUAUGUCCCCCGCAAGAGGAAAGGGGCCCACAGUGAUCUCACGGAGACCAGUGGACCCCGACGAGUCAACAUGAAGAUGAUCUGAGAGCUGAGCAGUUCGAAGAGGCAGAAAGGUUAACAUGACAAUGAUCUGCUGACAGUCAAACCACAUGAGAGAAGAAAGAGACAGAGUGAGACAAAAAUAGAAAUGAACAGAGAACAGUGAAGAAAAAGAGAACGAAAAAAAAACAGUGACAUUGUGGUCAGCAGAGACUGUGGAGCUAAACAGCAGCCGCUUCAGUUGGAGAUGUGCGUUUUAGCGUGAAUGUGUGUAUGAAUGUGUGUAUAAAAAUAUUGUGUACAAGUUCUUGGGCAUGUGUGUGACAGCCUGUAUUACAAGGAUGUGUUCAAUCGUGAGACUUUAUACAUGCUAUUCAAACAGAUACCACUUGUCCAAAAAGAGUAAUUGCGCAUUUUUUCCAGUGCUUUGGACAGCAUUACCUGGAGAGUGCACACAUGCGAAGAGGUUGAGUUGUUGUAUAAAGCUUGUAUUUGUGAGGGGGGAACAUCUAUUUAUAUACACAUUUAAGUUCUAUUAUAAUUAACCUUCAAAUCACUGCAAAAAUUCAAGUCGUCUUCCCCAACAAGCAAAGUAUCUACUGGAAAAAAAAGAAGCCUCAGCAGUGCUGUGUUGUGAAGUGUUUGGUUUUGCUCCGAAUCGCUGCACUCUCCUGGGAGAUCCUUUAGUUAAAAGAGCCUUUGGGGGAAGCAGAGAGUCGUCUGCCAUUUCGUCGUGAAGAUGUUCCAAUGUGAGGACCUAUUUGACAUGGUGGGUUCUAGGGGCUGUGUUUGUGACUCAGUGGAAAUCUGUGAAACUGUUUUUUUUUUUGUUUUUUUUUGUUUUUUUUUGAUGUUCUGUCAAAUGCUGCUCAAAUGUUUUUACAUACUAAAUAUCUGGAUAUAUUUUCCAAAGAAAAUAAAUAUGAAUCAUACUGCCUGAUUGUG